AAAAAAAAAAACUUUACCGUAUUUUUAUUUUUAUCUCCAUAAAGUAUGAAGAGUAUCUUCAAGCUACCAGCGCUUGUUCUGUUUCUACUACUAACCAUGUCGGAGCUAGCUUCGGGUCAACCCAACGGAUCCGACCCGAACAACCCUUAUGACUACGGCGGCAGGUUAAGCCCCGUCAUGGCAGGCGUCGUGGUCGUGGUGAUCGCUCUUCUCUUCUUCAUGGGCUUCUUCACCAUCUACCUCCGUCACUGCACUAACGCAUCCUCAGACGGCAGCGUUAAUCCACGUGUCGGAACCAGGAGAGUAGUAAACGCGACCGUGGCGCGUGGGGUAGACGCGUCGACGAUCGAGACGUUCCCUACUUUCGUCUACUCUGAGGUGAAGACGCAGAAGAUAGGUAAAGGCGCGUUGGAGUGUGCGAUAUGUCUGAACGAGUUCGAGGACGACGAAACGCUGCGUUUGUUGCCUAAGUGUGAUCACGUGUUCCAUCCUCACUGUAUUGACGCGUGGUUAAAAAGUCACGUGACUUGUCCGGUUUGUCGGACCAAUCUCGCUGAACAAAUAGAGCAGAGAGUUGACCCGGUUGAACCGGAAGUAGUAACCGAAAUUGAUAUCGAGUUGCAGCAAACGGUUGUUCCUGAACCGGUAACACGUGUCAAGCUUCCGAGGUCGCAUACGACGGGGCAUUCGGUGGUGUUACCUGGAGAAUGUACGGAGCGGUUUACGUUAAGGUUACCGGAAGAAUUGAGGAAGAAGAUAAUGGCGAAUUGGAAGAUGAACCGGUCGAAUAGUGUUUUGGUUCGGUCGAGGAGUGGUAAACGGGUUGAACGGUCAAGGGCUCGAUCGGACCGGUGGUUGUUUAUUAAAACACCGUCGUUUUUGUGGAGGAGUAGGGAUGAUGGUUCCAUUAGGCUAGGUAGUACCAAAGCAAAUGCAAUAACUAGUCCAACCGGUGAUUCGGUACGAGCAGACCGGUGGAAUUUUCUUAGAAAUCCGUCGUUUAUGUGGAGGAGUACGCCGGUUCCUUCGCCGAGAGUUAAGGACGGUGAAGGAACAUCGUCGGUUCAAGAUCAGAAUACCGGUACAAUUGGUUUAUCUAGUGGUUCCGUUAGGUUACCGGUUUAGGCUGUUCUCUUAUUCUAUCAAACAUGUUUUGUGCAUUGUUCAUAACUUGGUACAAAAAAAUUUACGUAAUUCUUUUAUUUUCUUUUUUUCUUGUAAGAUAUUAAAAGUCAAUCCCAUGGACAAGGAGAUUGUUUUGUUUUAUAUGAUGUUUUUGAGUUUUUCUUCAGAAAGACAGGAUCAUUAUAAGUCAAACAAAGAACAACGAGUCGGAUAAUGGGUGGAGAUUGGCUCUCUAUUCUUUAAAAAACAAAAACAAAAAAAAGUCUUAUUCGUCGACCAAGAAUAUACAUAAAAGAGAAGAUACUAGUCUUUUUUCUUCGAACAUGAAUAUUCAUAAUAAUCGGUUUAUUUGUAAAUAGUUAAAUCAAUAAUAUGAAAAGUGUUUUACUCAUCGAAUACAAUAGAUCAUAGUUAACAAUUUUUUU